AUGGAGCCCGCGGCCGCGGAGAUCCGCGCGGAGGGCCGGGCCGCGGCGGGCGGCCCCGGGUCCACGCUGACCGCGGCGCCGGGCCGGGCGGGAGGCGCGGCUCGUAGGCGGCGGCGGGGCCCGGCGCCCCUGCCCGCCGCUGGCGGGGCCGCUCUGGGGCCCGGCGCCAGCUCGCUGCUGCUGAGGAGAGGCCGGCUGAAGAGGAACGCGUCCGCCGCCGCCGCCGCCGCCGCCCCGCGCCCCGCCGGCCUCCCCGCCCCCGGCCCGGCCGCGGCGCCGCCGUGCUCGCGGAGCCUGGACCGCCGGGCGCUGCUCCCGCGGCCCCGGCAGAUGCUGCCGCUGCAGCCGUCGGACCGGGACUGGGUGCGGCACCAGCUCCAGCGCGGCUGCGUGCACGUCCUCGACCGCCACCCGGCCGCCAGCCGCCUGCGCCCGGUGCUCUGCACACUGGACACCACGGCCGGCGAGGUGGCCGCCCGCCUGCUGCAGGCGGGCCCCAGGGCCGGCGGCGUGCUUAAGGUGCCAGGCCGGGGCCCCGCGGGGCCGCCGCCCGGGAGGGCCGCGCUGGCCGCCGUCGGGGGGCCGCCGCCGCGCCGAGCCUCCCGCUCCGGCCCGGCGCCCGCGGGCUGCAGCCCGGGCGCUCCGCGGGCUCCGGACGGCGCGGGCCCGGCCCCCGAGCCCGAGAGCCCCAGGCCGAGCCCUGGCGCCGAGGGUGCGUCGGGCCGGCCGGACCCCUACUGCUCGUCGUCGUCCGAGGAGCUCGAGGCUGACCCGGGCCAGCCCCGCCUGCGCGGCUGCUCUUCGGAUGCCUGGCCGCUCUCCCCGGCCGCCUCCCCGCCUCCGCCGACGGCCCCGAGGGACGUCGAGGGCCCGGGCGGCGCCGCCCGCGAUCGGCCGGCGGAGGAGAGGCCGGGCGGGGACGCGGCGGCCGCGGAGAAGGCGCCCCCGCCGCCCACCCUGUACGUGCAGCUGCACGGGGAGACCGCGCGGCGCCUGGAGGCGGACGAGAAGCCGCUGCAGAUCCAGAACGACUACCUCUUCCAGCUGGGCUUCGGGGCGCUGUGGAGGGUGCAGGAGGAGGGCCUGGACUCGGAGGUCGGCUGCCUCAUCCGCUUCUACGCAGGCAAACCUCACAGUACCGGAAGCUCUGAGCGGAUUCAGCUCUCAGGAAUGUACAAUGUCCGGAAAGGCAAAAUGCACUUGCCAGUGAACCGAUGGACCAGACGCCAAGUCAUCCUGUGCGGGACCUGCCUCAUCGUGUCAUCUGUGAAAGACAGCGUGGCCGGAAAGAUGCACGUGCUGCCGCUCAUCGGUGGUAAAGUAGAAGAAGUGAGGAAGCACCAGCACUGUUUGGCGUUGAGCUCUUCGGGGCCUCAGAGCCAGACGUACUGCAUAUGCUUCGACACCUUCACCGAGUACCUGCGGUGGCUCCGACAGGUCUCCAAGGUCGCGUCACAGCGCAUUAGCUCGGUGGACCUCUCCUGUUGUAGCUUGGAGCAUCUGCCUGCCAACCUCUUCUACAGCCAGGACCUCACUCAUCUCAAUUUAAAACAGAACUUCCUAAGGCAGAAUCCCAGUCUACCAACUGCAAGGGGGCUCAGCGAACUGCAAAGGUUCACCAAGUUGAAGAGUCUUAACCUUUCCAAUAACCAUCUAGGGGACUUCCCACUAGCGGUCUGCAGUAUUCCUACGCUGGCCGAGCUCAACGUGUCAUGCAACGCCCUUCGAGCCGUCCCGGCAGCCGUCGGAGCGAUGCACAACUUACAGACAUUUUUGUUGGAUGGAAACUUUCUCCAGACCCUUCCUGCUGAGUUGGAGAACAUGCAUCAGCUUAGUUAUCUUGGUCUUUCUUUCAAUGAAUUCACUGACUUUCCAGAGGUGCUGGAGAAGCUGACAGCUGUGGAUAAGCUUUGUAUGUCUGGAAACUGCAUGGAGACGCUUCGGCUACAGGCUUUAAGAAAAAUGCCUCACAUUAAGCAUGUGGAUCUAAGACUGAACCUAAUUAGGAAGCUAAUAGCAGAUGAAGUGGACUUUCUCCCUCAUGUCACUCAGCUCGAUCUGCGAGACAACAAACUUGGGGGUCUGGAUGCUAUGGUUUUCAACAACCUUGAAGUUUUACACUGUGAAAGGAAUCAGCUGGUGACGUUAAGCAUCUGUGGCUGCGUCCUCAAAGCGCUCUAUGCCUCUUCCAACGAACUUGUCCAGCUUGAUGUUUGCCCAGUUCCGAAUUAUCUGUCCUACAUGGAUGUCUCAAGGAACUGUUUAGAAAACGUGCCUGAGUGGGUCUGUGAAAGCCGAAAGCUAGAAGUUUUGGAUGUUGGCCAUAAUCAAAUAUGUGAACUUCCUGCACGCCUGUUUUGUAACAGUAGUCUCCGGAAACUGCUGGCAGGACACAACCAGCUGACCAGGCUUCCUGAAAGGCUGGAAAGGACCUCCGUGGAGGUCUUGGAUGUGCAGCACAACCAGCUCCUGGAGCUGCCGCCCAGCCUCCUGAUGAAGGCCGACAGCCUGAGAUUCCUGAAUGCAUCUGCAAACAAACUGGAAACCCUCCCUCCAGCCACACUUUCAGAGGAGACCAACAGCAUCUUACAGGAGUUGUAUUUGACGAAUAACAACCUCACAGAUAAGUGUGUGCCCUUGUUAACCGGACACCCCCAUCUGAAGAUUCUUCACAUGGCCUACAACCGACUUCAGAGUUUUCCCGCAAGUAAAAUGGCAAAACUGGAGGAGCUUGAAGAGAUUGACCUUAGUGGGAAUAAACUGAAGGCCGUCCCGACAACCAUCAUGAACUGCAGACGCAUGCACACGGUGACUGCUCACUCCAACUGCAUCGAAGUCUUCCCUGAAGUUAUGCAGCUCCCGGAAAUCAAGUGCGUGGACCUGAGCUGUAACGAGCUAAGCGAAGUCACGUUACCAGAAAACCUGCCUCCGAAGCUGCAAGAGCUGGACCUGACUGGAAACCCCCGGCUCGCCCUUGACCACAGAACCCUGGAGCUGCUGAAUAAUAUCCGCUGUUUCAAGAUUGAUCAGCCUUCGGCAGGAGAUGCUUCUGGAGCUCCAGCCGUGUGGAGCCAUGGCUACACCGAAGCUUCAGGGGUGAAAAACAAGUUGUGUGUUGCGGCCCUGUCGGUGAACAACUUCUGUGACAACCGGGAGGCCCUGUAUGGUGUGUUUGACGGAGACCGCAAUGUGGAAGUGCCCUACCUUCUCCAGUGCACCAUGAGUGACAUUUUGGCAGAAGAGCUGCAGAAAACAAAGAACGAAGAAGAAUACAUGGUCAACACGUUCAUCGUUAUGCAAAGGAAGCUGGGCACAGCCGGGCAGAAACUCGGAGGCGCUGCCGUCCUUUGUCACAUCAGGCAUGACCCUGUGGACCCGGGAGGACCCUUCACCCUGACCUCCGCCAACGUGGGCAAGUGCCAGACGGUGCUGUGUCGGAACGGCAAGCCGCUGCCCCUGUCCAGGUCGUAUGUCAUGAGCUGCGAGGAGGAGCUGAGGAGGAUCAAACGGUACAAGGCCAUCGUCACCGAGGACGGCAAAGUGAACGGAGUGACCGAGUCCACGCGCAUCCUGGGCUACACCUUCUUGCACCCCAGCGUGGUGCCCCGCCCACACGUGCAGUCCGUGGCCUUGAGCCCGCAGGACGAGUUCUUCAUCCUGGGCAGCAAGGGGCUUUGGGACAGCCUGUCCGUGGAGGAGGCCGUGGGCGCUGCGCGCAGCGUGCCUGACGCGCUGGCCGCGGCCAAGAAGCUCUGCACCCUGGCGCAGAGCUACGGCUGCCGCGAGAGUGUCAGCGCGGUGGUCGUGCAGCUCAGCGUUCCCGAGGACAGCUUCUGUUGCUGCGAGCUGGCCGCUGCCGCCACCCUGCCGCCACCCAGCCCCAGUGUCUUCACGCCGGCCUCUGGUGUGGCUGUCCGGGAGCGGCCAGCUGACGGGCUGGGUGCGCCAUCCUCCAGCAGCGGCCUGGCCUCCGAGAUGAGCAGCGAGCUGUCCACGUCGGAGAUGAGCAGCGAGGUGGGCUCCACGGCCUCUGAUGAGCCGCCGCCACCAGGCGUGCUGGGCGAGGGCAGCCCCGCCGGCCCCUGCGAGCCCCGCUGCGCGCUGCACCCCGGCAGCACGUCCGGCGCCUUCCAGCGGCAGCUGUCCAGCGCCACCUUCUCCAGCGCCUUCUCGGACAACGGGCUGGACAGCGACGAUGAGGAGCCCAUCGAGGGCGUGUUCAGCAACGGCAGCCGCGUGGAGGUGGCGGUGGACAUCCACUGCGGCCGCGCCAGGGACGGGGAGCGCCGGCGGCCGCCCGCGCCCGGCCCACCGCCCGAGGCCGCCGACGAGGGCGCGGGUGCCGCGGAGGACGAGCCGUGCGCGGCGCGGCGCGCGGACGGGGCCGCGGGGACCAUGGGGCGCCGGCGGGGAAACGGCUCCGUGGCCCCCCAGGAGCGCAGCCACAACGUGAUCGAGGUGGCCACCGACGCGCCACUGCGUAGGCCGGGCGGAUACUUUGCGGCCCCAGCGCAGCCCGACCCGGACGACCAGUUCAUCAUCCCCCCGGAGCUGGAGGAGGAGGUGAAGGAGAUGAUGAAGCAGCGGCCUCCUGCGCCGCCACGCCCGGGCCCGGCGGAGCCUGCGGACUGCUGCUGCGACACUCCGCUCUGA